AUGAUGUUCCUCUACUCGCCAAAGUAUCUUUCAACUGUGCUGGGUUUUGCUGUCCACAAGACUGGCAUCACAGCCGCUCUGCCACCACUUGCCCAAUUUCUCAGCAAACUGGCAUUCGGAAUGUUGUCGGAUCGUAUAAAAUUCAUUUCGGAAAAGAACAAAUUCCGGAUCUUCAACUCAAUAGCUUACUUUGGAUCAGCAGCUUUUCUGACUAUUUUGGCCUUCAUGGGAGAUGUUCAUAAGGUACGAUACAGAUUUCUGAUGAUAGCCCGUUGUCGUCUAGUUCGAAAAGUGGCUGAAUAA